UGCAUUGUGUCAUAAGGCUGUAACAGGAAAUGCAGGUCAAACAAAUCCUGCUUCCUGGAUGGGUGUGUAAGGCAAGGCAGAGACUUUAUUACGCACCCAACCUGCCUGCUGGAUUCACCAGACGCAGGACAGUCCACGACGGUUUAAGGACUCAGCUGAAGCGCUCCAGCAUCCUCAGGAUGGCUCUAGCGGACCCGGAUACGGUGGACCAGGACGGCCGUGGAGAGCCGUUCAUAGUCCGGGCAGUGAAGAUAGCGGCGGUGGUCGUUCUGUACUGGUUCGUCUCCAUAACGAUGGUGUUCCUUAACAACUAUCUCCUAGACAACCGAGACCUGGACGCGCCGCUGUUCGUCACUUUCUACCAGUGUGUGGUGACCGUCGGGCUGUGCUGGCUCAUGCAGCUGCUGUCCAAACUGUCGCCGCAGCUCAUCGACUUCCCGUCGGUCAAACUCGACCUGAAGACGGCCCGGGAGGUGCUUCCGCUGUCGGUGGUGUUCAUCUGCAUGAUCACCUUCAACAACCUGUGCCUCAAGUAUGUCGGGGUGGCCUUCUACACGGUGGGUCGUUCACUCAGCACGGUGUUCAACGUGCUCUUCUCAUAUGUUGUCCUGAAGCAGACCACGUCAUAUCGAGCCCUGGCAUGCUGUGGAGUCAUAUUAGGUGGUUUCUGGCUCGGCGUGGACCAGGAAGGCUUGGCAGGCUCCCUCUCGUGGACAGGUGUCUUUUUUGGAGUCCUGGCCAGCGCUUUUGUGUCCAUGAACGCCAUCUACACCAAGAAGGUGAUGCCCGCGGUGGACGGCAACAUUUGGAAACUGUCCUACUACAACAACAUCAACGCCUGCGUCCUCUUCCUCCCGCUCAUUGUUAUAUUUGGCGAGCUGCCGCGCGUCGCCGGCUUCAGCCGCCUCACCGACCUCGGUUUCUGGGGCAUGAUGACAAUCGGGGGAGUGUUUGGUUUCGCCAUCGGCUACGUCACAGGCCUCCAGAUCAAGUUCACCAGUCCUCUCACGCACAAUGUCUCGGGCACGGCGAAGGCAUGCGUGCAGACUGUCAUCGCCGUGGUGUACAACUCUUCCAGCAAAAGCCUGCUGUGGUGGACCAGUAACAUGAUGGUUCUCGGUGGCUCGUCGGCUUACACUUGGGUUAGAAGUCUUGAAAUGAAGAAGGACUCUUACAAAGCGCCAGUGGACUCAGCCAAGGAAAAACUACUGCCAGAGAAAGAACACAUCGGUGUUUAACCUUCUGGGGGGAAGCUUAAAUUUUUCUGUGUCAUGUGAGAAUGUGAAAUAAUAUUUAGAAUAUGACUGAUGUGUCAUUUUGGUUGGGUUUAAUAGUCUUGUGAUUUUAUACAAUCCUACUUAAAGCUUGAAGGCAUUUGUAUAUAUAUAUAUAUUUUAUUUAAAGAUAUGUUCACAUUUGUUUGGGGCCUUGAGAAAUAUAAUAAUGUGUCUUUUAUGGACUAGACUACUAGUGAAGGAUAAAAAAAAUCAUGUUUUUAUUCACAGGGAGGGUAUGGUUUAUUCACUAAAUUGAGGGUGUUGCCGUUGAGAUACAAACCUUUUUUCUUUUCUUUUUUUUACAGCUACAUGCCAUUAUGAUGAAUGUAUGUCACUAUCUUGAUAAUGUUUUUUUUACGGUAGCCUCUGGCUAGGAACAUUUCUGCUUUGUCAAAUAUGAACAAGACGAGGCUGGAUCUGUCAUAUCCUGUAACGGAUAUAUGACAGGUAUGGUGAUCACAAACCUUGACAAACACAAAAAGGCUUCUGUCUCCAAAGAAUUCACUCCUGCAUUUGAAACUUUUGCAGUCAAGCGCUUUUACACUAAUUUCUACGACGCUUUAAGUUUCCGAGCUGAGAAUGAAACAGCAAACACACGUGUUCUAUGAAAUAUAAUUGCAUUUUAAAAGUGGGACAGCGUGAAAUAGGGUCCUGUUAUAACUCUCAUGUUUCAUCUGAAUAAUGCGCGACUGCACUACAACCGAGAAGUCUUUGUUAACACUCUUAACCAAGGACGUGACAUUUCCGGUACGUCUUUACCGGCUCAUUAAUGUUUGAGUAAAUCGUUGUGUCUUUUUAAAAAUGCCUUUGAAUCAUUGUAACAGUUAAUCAGAGCCGGUGAAAAACAUUAAAGAUGGUGUGUAAAUUCAAUUGUUGAAGGGAACAUUGCACUUUCACUGGUUAUUUGUAUUUAAAUAUAAAAAUGUUGGCGCUCUUGUCAAAUAAAAUAUGUAUAGUUUAUAUACA